GCCUUAAUAACGAGAAACUCUUUCAAAACGAUUAAAAUAUAUUUCGAAAAUAUCUUAAAGUUGUACAUAUUGACAAUUAGCAUUAAAGUGUUUUUUUUUUAGAAGAAAAUGCGAAUGCGUUUUUAUUGAAGUAUUUCAAUUGAGAUGGUCGUAAAAGCAGCCGAAAAUGUCGCGUAGUUUCAGAAAAUGCACGACAGAAAAUGAAAUAUAUUUCUCUCUUCGGCGUCGUCUUGUUUUUUUAUUUCAGUGGCGUUUGUGUGUUUUUAUUGCUUCGUGUAAAUGCACGCAGAUUGCAAUCGUGUACGAUAAAAUAACAGCAUUGCAUUAGCUUUUAAAUCUUAAAUCAAAACACAGCGUGAAUCUCGACAGCCACCAGAAUUAAACCCAGGAGUUUACGCUUUCAAAAGUUUCAAAUCAAGAUAUCUCUCGGAAGAAAGGAGACUGAAUUCUGCUGAGUAAUUUAAACAAAUUACCCAAAAUGUCCGAGGCAGCGAUUGAACUAUCAACCGCCACCCCCGCUGUGGUUACGGAUGGUAUAAUCCUCACGGGCAGCUGCAUUGACUCGGAAGAGCUCAUCAGACCCGCCGGGGGUGGCGACGACGAGUCAGCUUUGAGAAACGCUGCUCUGUGCGGCUUGUGUCUGUUAAACACGGCUCGCUACACCUGCCCGCGUUGCAACGCCCCCUACUGCACGCUGGCGUGUUACCGUGGCAACAGGCACCUGAACUGCUCGGAGGAGUUCUACAAAACCGAGGUGCUGGAACACCUGGGGCAAAGCAGAGGGGAGGAGGAGGGCAGGAGGAGAGUGGAGGAGAUCUUGAUGAGGAUGAAGGAGAUGGGAGAGGAGGAGGAGGGGGAGGAGGAGGGAGGAGGGGACGUGGCCGAGAGGCUGGCUGGAUUGGAUCUCAAUCCCCUGACUGAAGAGGAGAUGUGGCAGCUGUUGUCGGAGGAGGAGAGGGAGAAGUUCGAGUCGUUGCUGGGCAGCGGGAACAUCGGAGCGCUGGUCCCGGAAUGGGAUCCGUGGUGGGAGAGGCACGGAGGGACGCAGGUGGAGGACGUGGACGAGAGGGACACAAAUCAAACGCCCGGGGAAGACAACAGCAAGAACCGGGACAGAACCCCAGCGGUCUGGUCCAAAAUCCCUCCCCUCUCCUCCCUCUCCCCCAACCCCUCCCCUCUAGUCCGCUACACCCUGGUCAACGCUCUCUUCUCCUACUGCUUCUGCCUGAAGCGUCUCAACGGGGACCUUUCGGACCGGACCGCCAGGCUGGAGUUCGGGUCCUGGGUUCUGGAGCACUCCGAGGGGCUGGCUGAGCCCCGGGUCUUCAGCAGCGGGUCGGAAGCUCUCCAAUCCGGGCUUUCGGCUGCCAGAACCGGCCCGUUAUUCCACAGGGAGGACCGCCUGGCCCCGGUCAGGGCUGUGGUGGACGUCGCCCACCUUCUGAGGGGCAGAGGCGGGACGGAGGUCAGCCGCUACAGCCUGGGGGCCCUCUCGGAGCUCCGGAGGAUCCUGGGGGAGAAGAGAGGAGGGGAGGAGGAGGAGGAGGGAGAGAGGAGGAGGAGGAGGAGGUUAAGGGCCAGAAAGAAAUGCGAGUUUCUCCUGGCUUGGGUGUCCGAGAACGGGGCGGAGCUGCCAGCUCUCUCCCUGGAGGUCCAGCAGGAGUACCGGAGGUGUCUGCGGGAGGAGAGGGAGGUGGGGGAGGGCAGAGCGAUGCUGGAGAGGAGCUGGGGGGGAGAGGGGAAGAGGAGGAAGGAGCCCCCCAGGCAGGGAAAGUUAAUACAGGAGCUGGACUGAUAGCAGGGGUGGGAACGAGACUCCCGCUGCACAGCAGUGUGAUCCAGUCCUGGUUUCACUGGGAGUUUAAUAAUCAGACACACCUGAGCUUGUUAGCUAGACACACUGGGGGCUGAUCAAGCUGGUAGCAGAUCAAGAGUUAAUUAAUUAACCAGAGAAAGGAUAUAAAAGAAAUAUGUAUAUAUAUAUUUGUAUUUUUUAUUAAUAGUAAUAAAAACAGUAAAGAACAAAUUCAAUGUC